UACCUGUAUAAAAUACACAUAUGCAGUUACGUCUAGGCCUACCAUCUGCACAACAGAGCGUUCUUGAUGAACAACGGAUAUGGAGAAGAAAUGCAGUAUACUGGCAAAUGUUCCUCCUAUGCAAAGUCUUGAAACUGAAACAAGUCUUAAGCAUGAUACGACAAUCAAGUCACCAAAUCCGGGAUGCAACCUGUACAGGUUUGGUACUGGGUUGGCUGUAUGUCUUUUCAUAGCAGAAUCCUGGCUCCUGGCAUACAAGGUAAACAUGUCAUUGCCGCGGAGAGCAAAGAUAGGGGCAGCUCAGAAGAGGAUUGUAAUUCAUUUCCAAAACAAUCGGCUGUUACAUGGGUCAAGUGCAACCGAACGUCACCCUGUCCAGUUAUUAGGCAGGGCAGCUAUGUUACACUGAUAAAGCUGAUGCAUGGCAUGAAAUUGCUGAAUCACAUCAGAGGAAACGAAACAUAUUCACCAAAACGUCCUUUCCGCAUUAAAUGUGACCAUUUUACCUUAUUCGACUAUAGAGAAGGGGCUCUUAGAUGGGUUCAGAAUUCAAAUCGUCAUCACGUGGAACCUAACGGGUCGGUCACUAUUACAACCAGUGCAGUUUAUGGAUUGUACAAUAGAUUUACGAUGGCAGGUAUUUAUCACGACGAUGACAACAAGGCCGAAAUCCUACAUCAAGUCUACUUGGAAACAUCUGCAGGAAACAGGAGCAAGAUUUUAUUUGAGAGGAAUAUUGCAUUGUUCGCUCAGAGCCGAUCGUUCGAUACAAGUGCCUAUUUCGAUUUCGUGUAUUUGCGUGAGGGAGAUCGUGUUUACCCCACGAUAUCGAACAUAACAUACCUUUAUGGUAUGCCAAAGGCAAAUACAUGGGGGGUGUUUCAACUCAGCUAAGGCCUCAGUAGUGCUGUGAAUUUGAUUUCAUACGAUAUAUAUGUGUGUAAAAUCAAACUGAUUAUAUCAAUGGGACCAAACAGGUCUGACGCUGGCAAAUAUAACUGAAUUUUUUUUUCUACUGUAAAAUGUAAAAUGUUCGGUUUGUGACUAACUUAAUAGUGCUGUGUCAGUCAUCAAAAUACUGUCUAUAUUAGGUGUAUCUAUAUAUUGACGUUUUCAGUGUGUGUUCGGUAUAUAACUUUACUAACGAAAACAUCCUUAACAACAUCCUAUUUGACGCGUAUGAAUACAUUGUUCCGGUGUGCACACAUGCGCAAUGACUAUAUUCGUUUCUGUUUUGACUUUUUCCGAUAAAAUUUGAAUGGAACAGGAUAUCAAAAUAUAACGAUGGAAAUAUGAAAAGAUUGAAAUGUCUACAGGAAUCUAAUAAUAAAACGAUGCUUCUGUGGAA